AUGGCCUCAAUCAGUCGCCGCGCCGUCGACCCCGCCUCAGAUCCCGUUCCUUCGUCAUCGCCGGCUUUUGCGACCCCGCCAGUCAAUCCUGCACCCGCUCUCGCAACAUUCAUCGGAAGACACUGUGGUUCAGGAUGGCGGGAAGAGGGUCUUGCCGAGCGUGUGCUGGAGGAGGUCGCAAGGGCAUGGAAGAGGGGUGGCGGCCAGGUCAUUGUCGAUGGCGACGGGCCUCUUCUGAAGAGCAUACUCAAGACAUUGGAGGGAUGCAUGAGUGGUGGGCGCGUGGUUCAGGUUAAGAACCCGUCGUCUUUGAGCAGGGAUACAAGCUUCAACUUUGGAGAUGGCAGCGGUGCAAACGGCCGUCCCCCGCUUUUGGAGAAGCAGGAUAGCUUUGGUAUGGGCAACUUGAAUGUUGCUGAUGACGAGGAAGACGAUGGUAGCAAGGAUCCUAGAGACUGGAUCAAGGUCAUUGGAGGCUUCGACCAACCGAAAAUGAUCGACAACCAAACCGACUCUGUUCCCCAAUCCAGCAGUCAAGACAGAGAUGUUUCGUCAAAGCGCGUUGGCUCCAUCACGACUUCACAAAGUCACAAAAUCACUCCAAUCUCGAAUUUGUUAGGUCGGCACGGAACAACCCACCUCCUACUGGCCCUUCUUACCGUCUCGCCUACUGGUACCCUUGCGCUAUCAGACCUAACGGGAAGCAUCGCCUUAGAUGUGACUCAUGCCAAAGCCCACCUAGAGGAGGGCGGAUGGUUUGCACCUGGCAUGAUUGUCCUCGUCGAAGGCACAUAUGAAGAGGAUUACGGCAACCCGCACGCUGGCUCAGCGUCUGCACUAGGCGCCACAGGUGGUAUUGGUGGCACCAUCGGUGGAAAGUUUAUCAGCUUCGCCAUGAGCCACCCUCCUCCAGAGAAGCGCUCCUCUACACUAGGAACUCCAGAUUCUGACAUGGCUGCCGGCCCAAGUGGGAGCAUGGUUGGUCCUGCCUUUGGAUGGACAGACUUCCUCGGAACAGGAUCUGAAAGAGCAACAGGCGCCAAGAUGCGGAAGAUACAGAAAAGACUGCUGCCUGAAGACUCUACUCAUUGUCAGACGAAGAUCGCCAUAGCUGCGGAUAUUAAUCUUGACAACCCACAGUCUUUCACCGCACUCCGCACGCUUCUCUCCGCAUACUCAACCCGUCCUAUAUCCGAAUUUCCGCUUGCGAUUGUCCUCAUGGGCAAUUUUGUCAGCUCAGCCACAAUGGCCGGCGUUCCGAAUCAAGGAAGCAUCGAGUACAAAGAGCACUUCAACGCGCUCGCUUCGGUGCUCUCCGAUUUCCCGCAGCUUAUUGCUCGGACAACACUUGUCUUCGUUCCGGGUGAUAAUGACGCUUGGCCGUCAGCUUUCUCAGCCGGGGCCGCAGUCCCACUGCCGAGGAAAGGCGUCCCAGAGAUCUUCACGAGCAGAAUCCGGCGCGUGAUUCAAGAAGCGAACCGAGAGGUUGGGGGUGCGGGGAAGCGGAAAGAGGGAGAGGCAAUUUGGACGACCAACCCCAGUCGGCUGACGUGGUUUGGUGUCCAGGGCGAAAUGGUUCUCUUCCGGGACGACGUUACGGGCCGGUUAAGGCGUACCGCCAUCCGCUUCAAGGAUCCCGGCUCUGAGGAAGAGGAGGAUGAAGAGAUGGACGUGGAGCCCCGCAAUGAACAGCCGGAUGACGGGGCCGGCGAGGCUACCAUGGACGUCGACAAGCAACCGCAGGCUAAACCUCAGCUGGACCCUGACCGCUUGACAGCUCAGGCGCUAACCCGCACGCUACUCGACCAGUCCCACUUGUCACCAUUCCCGCUCCAUGUGCGGCCUGUGCACUGGGAUUACGCGCAUGCUCUCGGACUAUACCCGCUGCCGACGGCGUUGGUGGUUGCGGAUAAGGAUGCCCCGGCCUUUGCUAUAAAAUACCACGGUUGCGCCGUCAUGAACCCUGGGAGGAUCGUUGAUGGGAGGAGGGGCGACAGGGCGAGAUGGGUGGAGUUUGACGUGAAAGAAGGAAGAGGAGUGGUGAAGGUUGAAGGUUAG